AUGGCACACAUAGCCACUCAUCAUCCUUCGGAAAAGCGUGUCGCGGUGUACGCAGACUAUGGGGCGCGAAAUCACGAGUGUCUUCCGAUGAAGUACUCGGACAUACCUUUGCGUCCAAUUCUCAUUGGCCUCGUCGGCUUGGAUGAACGAUAUCACCUGUUUGUUCCCAACUUCAAGGCAUCUGCUAUGCGUCUUACUUUUGCUACAGUCGUCGUCCUUGUCGGUUUAGCCGCUGCUACUCCUACUCCGGUCGAGGAGAAGCGUCUUGAUUGCUACAACAGCUGCAUGCAAACAUGUUCUCCUCCUGGCGCUGCCAUCUGCUCAAUUCUCUGCGGACAGCAGUGCAAGUAG